CAAUAACUUCAUUCGUAAUUUGAAAGCGAAAUGGCGGGGUCUGGAAUGAAUACGGGAGAGUUAGUGAUAACGGUAUCGCUGCUGGUGCAAGUCGCAGCGGGUGUUUUAGCGGCUCUGCUGCUCGGCAAGAAGCUUUCUAGAGGCGAUAAAUGUGCUCUUGGAUUUUGGGUUUUCAACGCCUUGGUUAAUAUCACCAUGUGCAUUCCAUAUGCUGUCAUGUCUCUGGUGGGAAAUGUCAAGGACUAUAAGAACUUUGUUGCUCUUAUGUUCCAAGAGUACGCCAAGGCAGACAAGAGAUACGGUGUGGCUGACCCUAACAUGAUCUGUAUUGAGUUGGCGCAGGCAGUGGUGGGUACUUCGCUGUCAAUAGCCGUCAUUACUGCCAUCUUGCAGAACAAAAAAUGGAGACAUCUGGCGCAGCUGGUACUGCUUGUCGUUGAGUUGUACGGAGUGUACAUGAUGUUUGCCCCCGAGCUAAUCUCUGGACUGAAGAAUUUCAACCCCGCCAAGCUGGUCCAGCUGUUUGUGAUGAAUGGGGUGUUCUUGGUCAUCAGGCUCGCCCUCCUCGCCCAGUCACUGCAGGUCCUGUGUGGGGGUAAGAAACAGGCGCCCUCUUCAGGGGCCAGCACCCCGCGCAGCACGGGAGGAAGGUACAAUCUACGAGCCAAGAAGGAAUAAGAAAAAUGGACAUCGAAAGAGAUAUAGAGAUUCUAGGAAAUAUCUUUUAAGGAAAAAAAUAACAAUCAUGUAUCUGAGCUCAUUUUGGUACAUUUUAGCCUCAAGGUUAAAAUAUUUUGAAUUUCUCCAUUCUGAGCAUAUUUGGCUUUUGGAAAAUGUUAAGCAUUUCAGUUUUUAAACAAACUUAUCAUCAAUACUGUUUAAAAUUUUGAUUUUAUUGCGCAGUUAUUUGGCUUUGUGGAACUUCAUCAAGAGUAAGUCCAGCAGUGUGUCUCAGCUAGCAAGUCUUGUGUUUUAAGAUUUGGUUUAUGAUAUGACAGUUAAUUUUCUUAUUUAAUUGUUUGGGUCAUACAUAUGUUUGGUUUAUAAUGUUUGACUUUAUUUCUACAUGAUUGUAGAGAAAGAUUAGGUGACAGUCAGCAACUUUAAACUUUUUGUUUUAGUACUGAAUGGUAAUUGUUGAACAGUUUCUUGAAUUUCCUCAAAAAAAAAUCAAUAAACCAAGGUGUGUUUUUAUUCAUUUAUUUAUUGAAACUAUUUUUCAUUGUAUUUCUCUCUUAAGCAGAUUUGUACUUUUUUCUGCCAUUUUUGGUUAAUAGUGUGGAUAUAUGUAACUUAAGUAUAUUUGAGAUCCAUGGUUAUGUGAGGAAAUUGUUAAUCCCUGUUUUAGGUGACACUAUCACCAGGAUUUUUUCAUUGCAUGUUUUUUUCUGGCAGGAAAAGUAUUAUGCACAUGUAUACAGUGCAUAAAAUGAUUUUCUUUAAAAAUGAUUCAUGUUUGACAAUUAUUCCAUUUCAAAUGUCUAACAAAUUUAAAGACAAAUUAUUGAUGGUUCAAAAUUUUAUACUGUAACUUUAUAUUAAAUAAUUGUAGGGUAAAAAAAGCAAUUAUUUUCUCAUUCAUAAUGUUAAAUAGUUUUAUCUUAUAUGGCGUGUGUAGAUAAUAGGAUUGGAUUUAUCAGGUAGUACUUACAGCAUUCCAGAAUUACACUUGAUGUUGAUAGUUUAGAAUUAAUUUUCCUAACAUAUCUUAAAGAAAAGGUCACGUUUUGCCAAAUUUUAUAAUGUUGCUGUGUUACUUUGAAAGGCAGCUUGAAGUGAUUGAGAUCAGUGAAUCCUCAGGGUAUGUAUCAUAUAACAUGCUUCUCUUUUAAGUCCUGUCUUCAGAUGUAACACUGAAAAGUGUAUUUUACUUGUAUUAUAUUAAUUCUCGAGCCAAAUUUUAUUUUUAAAUUGUGGCUUCUUUAUAUGUUUGUAGUCUAUUGGGUGUUUUGUUUUAUUAUCAUUUGUGUUGAAUUUUUUCUUGUAUCAGAUUUUUAGAAUAUUCCCUAUUGCUGCUUUUGCUAGGUUUUUCUAUACAUUUAGAAUAAUGUUUUGAUUUUUGAUAGAUUUUAAAUUUCACUUUCUUUAAAGUUAAUAAUCACCAUUUCUCUAUUUAUGUAAUUAAAUGAAACUUUAUAUAUUGUGUGAAUCUUUGAUGUGGAACAAAAAUAUAGGCACUAUUUUUAGAGGAAAAUAUGUUGUGGUUAUUGGCUUCCUAAAAAUUGUCAAGUCAGUUCAUCAUUGUUUUAAUAAGUAAUUUUUUUUUAUCACAACGAGCCCAGACUGUGCAGUUCUAGACCAAAGUCGAGGUUCCUCCAGCAUACUUGUAGCUGGCAGUGUUAGCUUCCACAUUUUCACCAUAAUUACUUUGAAUAACACCAUUUGGACAGUGACUGGAACUAAACAAAUGAUAAAGGAUAGUCAUUAGAAAAACAAAACAAAGACACUUGUUUUACAUUUACAAGCAAUAGUCUUUAUUACUGUUCAAUGUUAACAUCAGGCUUUUGCAACAUUUUAUAAGAAAUUCAUGAUACUCACUUGAUUAAAGCAAAAUAACAUUAUCAAGUUAUACAAUUAAUAAAAGUGACAUCUUAUACUUUAAAAAUUUUGUAUCCUAUUAGAUUCAAAAAUUUCUAUCAAAAUAAUGAGGCACUUGAAAUAUUAAAUUGUUUUCUGUGAAUAUCCUACAAAAUUCGCUUCAUACACUAAAGGGAUAAUAACUGUUCUUAUGAUAUCUAUAUUUCACAACAAAAAC